ACACGUGCCAGCGAGUCUAGAACGGUCAAGGGAAGAGCUCGAGGGCGGACGCGCGUGGGUGACGCUCCGGAGAAAAUUUUGAUUUUUUAAAGCGUUUUUGAGAUAAGAGAUUUUGUUUGGGAGCAUUUUCUUUAGAGGAGAUACUCGUUUUGUCAUCCAGACUCGUUGGAGGUCGUGGUUGAAGGAUGGAUAGCCCGUGGCCAAUAUCCGAUUGGUACGAGGAAGCGGAACUGGCACACAAUGUUAAUAAGGAGGUGGUGCAUGUAACAUACGGGACCAUGGAGGCGGCACGGGAAGCAGCCCAGCGACUCAAUGGAUACAACUUAGAAGGCGGAGUUUUGCGUGUAGAUCGCUUAAUGGACCGCAGGCGUGGACCAAGGGGUGCCAUGGGUGGUGGAGCAAUGGGUGGCCGCAUGGGAGUCCCAGGAGCAACUUCACCUUCCCAGCGACACACAGACUUCCCCCUCCGCAUCCUUGUCCUCAGUGAAAUGGUUGGCGCUAUCAUUGGCCGCCAGGGAGCCACCAUUAGGACAAUCACACAGCAGACGCGCGCCAGAGUAGAUGUUCACAGGAAAGACAAUGCAGGCUCUCUGGAAAAAGCCAUCACCAUCUACGGUAACCCAGAGAACUGCACUAAUGCCUGUAAACGAAUACUAGAAGUUAUGCAAGAGGAAGCAAAUAACACAAACAAGGGAGAGGUACCCCUGAAGAUUCUCGCUCACAACAACUUGAUUGGCCGCAUCAUCGGAAAAGGAGGAACAACCAUCAAGAAAAUCAUGGACGAUACUAGCACCAAGAUCACAGUCUCCAGUAUCAAUGAUAUCAAUAGCUUCAACUUAGAAAGAAUCAUUACUAUAAAGGGUAAUAUUGAAGAUAUAGCACAGGCUGAGAACAUGAUCAGUUCUCGCCUCAGGAACAGUUACGAGAGUGACUUGCAAGCAUUCGCUCCCCAGAGUGCCAUGUUCCCUGGCCUGCAUCCAAUGGCCAUGAUGUCAACAGUAGGUUUUGGCCUUCCUCGAGGAGGUGGUGCAGCUGGUAGUAUGGGCAUGUAUGGUUCUUCUCCUGCUUCCUAUCCACCACUCUAUCCCACGCCUAUUCCUGGCCAGCAAGGCUCUCACGCUUCAGAGGUUUGUGAGGAAAUGGCAUAUCUAUACAUCCCUAACUCUGCUGUUGGUGCCAUUAUUGGGACUAAGGGGUCACAUAUCCGUAACAUUAUCCGAUUUAGUGGAGCAUCCGUAAAGAUCGCCCCACUUGAGGACGAUGGGCGACCCACAGAGCAGACGGAAAGAAAAGUAACCAUAGUAGGGACACCAGAAGCUCAGUGGAAGGCACAGUUCCUGAUCUUUGAGAAGAUUCGUGAAGAGGGCUAUGGUGUAGGAGUGGAGGAUGUACGACUAACUGUAGAGAUUAUUGUACCGUCAUCACAGGUUGGACGCAUAAUUGGUAAAGGUGGUCAAAAUGUGCGUGAUCUCCAGCGCCAGACAGGUUCGGUGAUUAAGCUUCCCCAACAAGGAACCACAACUUCAGAAGAAACAACCGUCCACAUCUUAGGCCCCUUCUUCUCUGUACAGUCAGCCCAGCGUCGCAUCAGAGCUAUCAUCCAGAUGUCAACCGCCCCCAGCAGCGGGAGGGGCAGUCGCGGACCCACAACAUCACGGGUGCAGUGAGGUCACGACUAGAGAAACGACAUCGUAACAAAGUCCCGCCCACACGCCAGCACCACGCCCCAAGCGACAUACCAAAGAGACGGAGAUAUUGGAGCUUAGGACUGACUGGGUGUGUCGGCGGCCUCGAUCACUUGACCUCGCUUGCUUGCUUGUUUUGCCUCUGGGGCCCAGGCCGGCUGACCUGAGCUUGACCAACGCAUCACAGAUCUCAGGGGGAUUGUCUGAAGAGUAGAGUAUUAGCAUUGUAGCUGUUGGAUUGAUUUGCGUUGAUGUAUAUGUAGGGUCUUGUUUUGUUUAUCAUAGACUAUGAUUUUGUUUACAGCGGAUGUGAAAUGCUUCUAGUGAUUGCCUUUAAAAAAAGAUAUUCAGGUAAUACCUUUGUCGUUAUACAAUGAGUGUGAUGUGUACUAGUACUGCCCGUCACCCUCCCUGGGCCCCAGACAUGAGUUGUGACAAAGGUGCAUCAAGUAACUGAGAGACCGUUGUGUUGUGUAGUGCCCAAGCCACAUGUGCGCAAAUGAUGUGUGCAUGGAGGCAUAUGUGUGCAUCUGUAAAUGUGCACCUGAGGCUCCUGUGUUGAGUUCUGACCCCCUGUGUACACCUGCUGGCCGCACCAGUCAAUUUCGCGGCCAGCUGAGGCGAGUCAUGGUACACCAGGCAACCUUAAGCCCAGUGGCCCACGUUGAAGUGGUGUUGUCUGCUCGUCUAGUUAGUGUGGGCACUGCUGAUAUCAGGGCUCCGCUGUUUAGUUAACUAGUACAAAAGUUUGUGGAAUAUAAUGGACCAUUGUUAUAAUAUGGUCUUUUUUGUACGCAAAGUUAUAGCAAAGUUUAUUUUUGAUACAUUGUUGGAGCAAUUUUUUGUUAAAUUUUUUUUAAUGAAGGAAAAUAGUUUAAAUGUAGCAUGGAAAAUGCUAUACAAUAAAAGCCUUGUGAGCACUCUCCACAUACCACCUCUCUUCAGGUCAGUAGACCCUAGGCUGACUCUACGGGGGACUUGGCAUGCGCUCAAGUACCAACGUUUCCGCUACUCCAAAAAGGUGGACACCAUACCACAGUUCCACAAGGAAGUUUGAAAUGUUAAUUACAGGGGAUCAAAAUUCCGAACUCACAAAACAAAACAAUGUAUGCAAAACAGGAAAUGAUGUAUACUCUAGAUGAAAUGCCCACUGAUUUUGUAGUACCAUGAACAUUGAAAUACUUCACUCAGGUGACUCUAGAAGAUGAUUGAUGCAGCACAGGCCUGCCGCGCGCUGCGUCUGUGAACGUGGAGUGGGGACGGGGACACUCCUCCCCCACGCCACCUGAGCUACCUCACUCCUACACCAGUUGUUAUCCUACAGCACCUCAGCAAUUCCUGCCAGAUUCCAUACUGUUUGUGUUUUCCUAUAUAAGCCUCAAGUUUUUUCUCAUAUAUAAUGUUGAUGGAAGCACCAGAGAUACUAAUCAGUUUUGCAUUGUACUAAGGGGGAAUGGUUGCAAUGUUUGCCUAUAUAUGGUAUGGAUAGGAUCAGUACAGGGGCACUUCUUGCAAGAUAAAAACAAAUAGUUUAGCUUUGCAGUAAGGUGUCAGCUUGCGGAUAUGAAGUGGAUGUAAAGUUCAAAAGUAAGUCCUACAAAAACCCAGAUGAUCCUCUCCUUUACCAAUGCGUGUGAUAGUCUGUUGUGUGUCUGCAUGAGUGUUCUGGCCAUGGCUAUCGCUGUACCUAAUUUCUCGGUUGAUUCACACAUAGGACUUGCUGAGAUGCUGUGGGAUUGAGAUCCUCUGCUGUCUGCUUCCCAUGUCAAAAGUGUUAAAUGCUUCGAGUGCAAAACAAAGCUUGAUCGAAACAGGAACAAAAAUGUACAAAGUCCGUUUUCUAUUAAUCACAUUUAGAUAUCACAAAAAAUCUUAUUGCAAAUUAUUAUUCUUGGUCAUUUGCAAAACUUCAAAACUAGCCACAACAAAAAAGCAACUGGACAAGACAAAGCGAUGCCGCGAAAACCUUCUAGCCCCGCUAAGCUUAACUUGUACCCUAGUAUUUUAUGCUUUUAAGUGUGGAGCAACAGAAGACCCGCAAUUCUUGGUGCCUGACUUGAUAUCAGCAGGACUUCUUCAUCUCAGACUGGCUUGAAAUGUGAUUGGCUGUGCUAAGCAUACACGUUGUUAUCGGAUUGGUUGACUUGUUUUCCAAAGCCAGGUUGACAUCAAGUUGUGUUCUCUUAAGAGUUGUGCAGCAAGGUCUAGCAGAGAUCCACUGGUGGUAGGUGCGUUCCAUGUAGACGCUGUUUGAUGAUUAUGAUUAUUAAAAAAAUCUAUUCUGCCUGUAUUCCCACUGGACUGUAUAUGAUACAAUUGGUGAUUAUGAUCCAUGAAUACUACGUCAAUAAGGUUCAGUAACCCCUUUUUUUCAUAGAGAAAUUUAAGGCCAUAUUGAAGUAAUAUCCAGAUUUCAAAAUCACCAAUAGUACAACAGUGUCGUCUGAUUAUAAAACAGCACUUGGUUUUUGCGCUAGUGUAUGUAACAGUCUCCUCACUGGAUAACCUUUCAGAUGACAGGUUCCGGGGCCCUCUGUCUGGAUGUUUGGAGAAAAGUAAUGAAAGGAAACUAUUAUUACAUUGUUAUAGUAAGGAUCAAAUUUGUUUAUACCUCCCUACAUGGAAAUAUAACCUUUUUUUACAUUUUAAUACAGCACAUUUAAAGUUUGGCUCAGUAUGACAAAAUUACAAUAUUAUUAAAAAGAAACGUUUCUGUAAGUAUUCAGACAAAGGGUUCCUCACAUAGUACUCUUCAAGUUUGUUUAGCUGUUAUGUUUAGAUUAUGUAUGAGGACUUCUUACCCAUCAUGGUUCACUUCUUGGAAUUAGUUGUGCAGCACUUGAAAACUUCCGGGUGGAAAGAAAGGAAAAAACGGUCAGAUUCAUUUUUUCAGUUCUAUUCUGCAUACAGGAAUCUUUGUUCUUAAUAAUCACCGGUUUUAUUUGAUUUUAUUUUCUAAAACUUAUUUAUCAUUUAUGUUCAGUAGUUGAUACUUGCCCAUGCAUCACCACAGAACCAAUUAAUUCCUUUUUGCCUUUAAAUGCCAUGUUAAGAAAAAGAAUUGUCUUUUGCUGCUACUAUUUUCUUUCCACUCGCUGGUGCAGGGGAGACGUCGUGGAUGCAGCUCUCGCGUGCGACGAUUGCAAGCAGACACGUGCAUGCGCAGCUGUCCUGUUAACUGAGCAGAGGCACGAGCAGCUGUUGUUGCGACCUCUCCCUCUGUGGGCAGUGGGCGCGGGCGGUUCGAGUAUGGGUGUGGCAAGGGCGCCUGUAAUAUAUUGUGAGAGCUAUGAUGGCCUUUGCCGGACUCGCACUCCACCGUCCCCGCCCGAGCCAUGCUGAGGGAUCCCAUGUUCCAAGGGUCCCACAUCUGGUCUAAGGGUAUCCAAGACAAGCCAGCCACUCCCACUUGGUUGCAAUCUAAAACGAAAUUGGAACGUAUAUGCAUUUGCUUUUCUUUCAUUAUUAAUUUUCAUUUCUUUCCCUCUCUUUCAACCAAUUGAAAAUGAAAUGGCUUGAGUAAUGUUCGAUACGAUACAUAGUGGAUCUAAGGCUAUGUAUUAUUUAUGUAAUUGAAGUAACUGGGUGGAAGUGGUCGGCUGUUGUCAUGUGCGGGCUACCUGUGUCUUGCGUGGUAGCUGUAUAUUCUGAUAAUGGUAGCCAGGCAGACACUUGGUAACCCAGACCAGAGGAUCCUAUCUGCCUCCUAACAGGCACUCAUAACCCCUUUCCCUAAGGUGCCUCUGUGACCCCCAAACAAUCCCCAAAACCUCUCUGGCCAAUCGGUCCCUGCGUGGUCUCCAUUGGUUAGCUCGUCUGACCACUUAACCCUCAAGAAAGCACCACUCGGCCCCAUCAUCCACUGUAGGAUGUCUCCGUAGCAGCUGUAGGCCUACGUGGUUCAAGUCAACCCGCUGUCGCCCCCCCCCCCCCCUACUCUCUCGACCCCCCGACCAGACCCAACUGCCACGACAACCACUUGGCCUGUGUGCGUCCACCUCCUGGACUUCCCGGCGGCGCCUCCAUGUACAAAGCAUCUACCACCCGCCUCCCCCGCACCUCCCACCGUGUGCCUAGUGCCGCUGUCGACGUCGCAGGGGGCGUACCUGAGCCGCGUCACUACUACCAUUACUACUACAACAACUGUAUUAAUAUUACAGCAACAACCACCACCGCCACCCUGGGCCGACCUGGAGGGGGCAUCCUACCAACCAACCAACCAAUUAAAACCAUAUUUCAUAAAUAAUAAUAAAAACUUUGCCUCGGGAUGGGAGAGAAUCUCCGUCUGUCAGGCGUUGCCACCAUCACACCGCAAACCACCGCCUCGAACACCACAUCCACCACAUUUGGGUACCAGCCACCGCUUCUCCUCUCUACUGGUUCAAGUAAUAAACAAUUUCAGGUUA